CAUCCAAGGCUUUUAAAUUCCAGCCUCCGACCUUUCUCGUUUACCCCAUUCCCUUUCCCUCACCCGCUCCUAUCUCCCUCUCUCUCAAUUCAAUUACCAAAGUUCUCUAUACUAUGGAGGGAUACUGCUUAACCUUCCUCCACAAGGCGAGCCUUCUCCUCUCCUUCAUACUUCGAUUGCUACUCCUCCCUUGUCGCCUCCGCUGGUGGUUUCCCUCUGAUAACAACGGCGGCGGUAUAGCAGGUAACCUCGACGUCCCCCAAGUUACACCGCAGACCAGAAGGAAAAUCCUCCACGUGGCGACCUACGGGGAGAUCAUGGUGACGGCGAAAGAAGAGGACACAGAGGAGGAGGAAGAAGAAGAGGAGGUUACGUGCGCCGUGUGCCUGAGCGAGAUGCGACAACGAGAUCGCGUUUGGGAGCUUCGAAACUGCUGCCACGUUUUCCACAAAGCCUGUAUCGACCGCUGGCUCGACCACCGCGACCAGAUGACCUGUCCUCUCUGCCGCGCUCCGGUUAUCUCCACGGCGGUGGAGGGUGGAAGGUCGGCGUUGACUGAGCCGAGCUGGGCCGUGGAGCAACUGCUGUACCUUUUCAACGACGGUGUAUUAGAGAGCUAGCAAAACUGCAAAAGGUAAGGUAAAGGAGAUGCUAGGAUUAUUGUUUUCGGUCUCCAUUUAUCCCCCUUUUUGGUGUACAGAAAUCUGCUGAGAUGUUUUACAGAGAGGAGAAUAGCCUAACGUAAAAA